UAAGUUGGACUAGCUUUGAACCUUUGAUGUCUUUGAUAUUUACUUGCCUAAAAUGUGAAUUAUUAUGUAUUUUGUCUUCCGAAUUAUAUUCUAUUCUUUUUUAAUUAAUUUAAUCAUGUCUCGCAGUAAAGAAGACUACAGAAUGAAAUUUGUACUUAACUUUUGGUAUCCUUUUUAGGAUCUUGGUAAAUAAUUAAUUAAAUUUUACAAAAAUGGCAAAUGUUGCAACUCCCGUUUUUAAUGAUUUAUGUCGACUUUGUGCAAAUAAAAUCAAUGUUUUGAUGGGAACCCCAAUAUUUGAGCGUGAAGGAGACACGAAGCAAAUCCCACAAAAAAUUGCUACUUGUUUACCAGUUGAGGUUAGUCCAACAGACAAGCUACCAAAAAUGGUCUGUGAAAAUUGUGUAUACAAACUGGACAUGAUGUUCGAAUUUCGUGCACAGACUGUAAAAACUGAAAGUUUAUUAUCAGACCUUUUGAAGGAAGGAGAAGCUUUGCGGGAGAGCGAGGCGACCGCGACGAAGGAGAGUGCAGCGGUGGAGGAGCAGCAGCCCCCGGCCCCGCAGACGACGCAGGAGCCGCGGGCCUCCUCCAUCAAGUACGAGCCGGACGUGACGAUCAAGGUGGAGGAGCACGGCCAGGUGCCGCGGUCAGAGACGGAGUCGGAGACGGAGUCGUCGGAGAGCGAGAGUGACGACGGCGACGAUGCGGCGGGCCCCCCUGAGGCGCUGCCGGCCGAGGAUGGGGAAGCAGGGGCGGGCAGUGCGCCCCUCGACGAAGUCCCAGCUGACCAGGAGGUCCACAGGCUUCCUCACUGUGAGAUUGCUUCAAAUACCUUUGAAAUGAAUGAAAGCCUGAUGAAUCCUGCAGCAAACGGUUUACUCAUGCUGUCGUGCCCUCAGAAAACUGAGUUGUUGGAACAGACCACGUGGUAUUUUUGCAACGUGUGCGGCAAGGCGUUCGACGAGCAAGAUGAGUUCCAGCUGCAUUUCGAGAGCCACUGCAACAAGUGCGAUCUGUGCGGAGCCGUGUUCACCAAUGACGAAGCCCUGCUGGCCCACGGCCGGGAGAUGCACCCUCACGUGCACAGCUCGGUCAAAGCGGAGGCCGGGUUCUCCCGAGGCGGCGACGAGAAGGCCGUCGGCACCGCGAGAAGAAAGAAAUGGGAACCGAAAGUUUGUCCGGAGUGCGGGAAACACUACAGGACCAAUUACAAGCUGACGGAGCACAUGCGCAAACACACCGGCGAAAAGCCGUACAAGUGUUCUUCGUGCCCGAAGGCGUUCCGUUCGAAAAUCGGCCUCGCCCAGCACGAGGCGAAGCACACGGGCCAGUACGACUUCACGUGCAACACCUGCGGCAAGGGCUUCCAGUGCAAGUCGUACCUGAUAGUGCACCAGCGGGUGCACAGCGACCUGAAGCCGUACCCUUGCGCGACGUGCGGCCGCGACUUCAAGACCAAGCAGAGCCUGCUGGACCACCAGAACAGGCACCUGGGCGUGAAGCCGUACCUGUGCGAGACCUGCGGCCGGAGGUUCAUCACCAAGGGGCUGUGCAAGUCGCACCAGCGCGUGCACUCGGGGAAGGACAACAAGCAGUACCCCUGCAUGGUGUGCAGCAAGAUGUUUGUGAGCAAGUCGUACCUGGCGACGCACCUGCGCAUCCACACGGGCGAGAAGCCCUUCAUGUGCGAGGUGUGCGGCAAGGGCUUCCUGACGCGGGUCGACCUGCGCAUACACUCCACCAUGCACACGGGCGAGAAGAGCUUCAUCUGCGAGUGGUGCGGCAAGGCGUUCGCGCGCCGGGACGCGCUCCGCUGCCACCGCCGUAGCCACACCGGCGAGAGACCCUACCGGUGCGAUGUCUGUGGCCAGGGCUUCACGCAGUUCUCCCCUCUCACCAUCCACAAGCGUCUCCACACGGGGGAGCGCCCGUACCCUUGCGACAUCUGCGGCAAGGCUUUCGUGUCGCGCUCCACCAUGUCCGCUCAUCGCAAAAAGCACAACGUGUGACGGCCGACCCACGUUGCACGUUGAGGACUUCAGUUGAGUUGCUCCCUGUAAUGGCAGGUAUAAUGGAAACUGUAAAGUUACUGACAUCUGCCAACAUUGGUCUUGCGUUUCCAACUUAUUUAAAUUACAUUUUAAUAGAAGCCAAAGGGCUUUAACAAUAAACAUCAUGUUUUUUUCCUUUCUUUUUUUAUAGUUUUUUUUGAAUAAUUUUUUAUGCAGUCAAAUUUUCAAACCUACUAAUUUUUGUGCUGUUACCUAACUUUAGCUCCAAACUUGGUUGUGCACAGCUUUAUGUCAUCUCUGCUAAUCUGGGAAGAACACUGGCUAAACUGAUUGACCACUGUGCAGCUCUCCCGGUUCUGUCAGGCAUUAUUUUUUAAGUUGCUUUGAUACUGCCUUUUUAGAUCACUUGGAUAGGUUAUAUUGAUAAAAAGCAGUGCCAUAAUGGUUUAGUGGUCAAAUCACAAACCUCUCACCGAGAUAAUUCAGGUUUGAUUCUCUGCAGAUUGGACAUUGAAGUGAAUAGGUCUGAUUUUUUUUCAAGGUACUCCUAUUUUCCCACCUGAUAUAAUGAAUUUUUUUAUUAAAUGGUUUUGCAGAUACACAGCCAUUGUGAAGUGUGCAAAAUUAUUUUUAAAAAAAGGUAUGUGUACUUAUGCGCACACGUUAGAAUUUAUACUUCUUUUGGAUGUAAAAUCCUGAACUAUUUUUAAAUUUACUGUAACAAAAAUUAAUUGAAUAAAUACCCAGUAUUCAAUAUUAAUAUAAUUACUGUAUAUGUUUAAAUUAUUAUUGAAACUAGUAAAAUAAUAGAGAUAAAUUUUAAUUACAUAAUGCAAAUAAAUUAUAAAUAUGUGAACAUAACUUCAUGUAUAUAAAUACACUUAAAAAAGUUUAAAAACACAAUUUCUGUCACAUAUUCACAAUAAAUUAAGUUUUUUAAAUUAUAUUGACUAGUAUUCAAUAUCAAUCACUAAAUUUCUGAAUGCGACUCACGUGUAAUUUCGCACCCGCUACUAGUUUUUUCUACUGGAGCAACUCUGUCGACUUUAGAAUAUCGAUUUGCAGAGCGAAUUUUUAAACUAUAUAAGAAAACGUUUCCGAUAAAGAUGAAAAGGACUUAUUAAAAUACUGUCUACCUUGUUAUAAUUCAUCAAAAAGUUUAUACUAUAUAGUUUCUGCACACAUUAGAUGACUAUAAAUUAUUAAGUAUUAUUACUUGUGCCAAUUCAUGGAAAUUAAUUUCCUAACAAAUGUAAUUAAUUUAUUAUUACUAUAAGUAAAAAUAGAGAUUUUUGGUCCACUUAGUAUGAAAUAAACAAUCUAGUGAACUGAGCUAUGUAUUUAACAAUAUUAUAGCAAAACAAUAAACAUAAAAUGUAUUCAAAUAUAUUUGCUUAAAGCACAAUUUGUAAUUUUUAAAAAAUUUAAAAAAUUUCCGCAGCCAACUUUUGAACCACGUUCGUUUAGCUUGUAGCUGCGCACUAUAACUAUUACGAAACUUACAUGGAAAAUAUGUAUCAUAAUUUUUAUAAUUACCAGCAUUCUUACCUUUUUUUUUUUUUAAACUUGCAACUACUCUUUACAAUGACUAUUUUAGUUUUACCAAAUGUAUUCCAGGGAUUUCCACUAUCAUAAAGUUUCAUUUGGCACACAAAUACAAUUUGUAUGUCCCCUAAUUUUUAUGAAAGUGAUGUGUUUCGUGUUCUGUGGUAUAAAGAAUAAAGUUUUUGACAGAUAGCCUUAAAAACUGCACAUUCAAGGACCUCGGAGGACCUGGUGCAUCCUGUACGGUGGUUCACUUGCUAAAUAAACUUCUAAAUGAUAGUAAACACACAUAGGAAAGUACCUAUGUGGGCCCGCCAUCUUCCUGUAAAAAUUUUGUUGCAUGGUGCACUCACGUUGUAAAAAUUCACUUAACAAUUUUUCCAUGAUGUGCCUAAAGAAGUAUAACUUCAAAACAUUUUAAUGAAUUGGCUUACAUGUGAAACUUUACAAGUUUGUGCCGUACUGCUAAAAGAUGUUUAUUAAUAUCAGGAGAUAAUUAUUUUUAGAGGCAGGCAUGUUUGCUAGUCAAAAUUAUAUUACAGAUGUGAUGAUGAUAAAUACUGAUAGGUAAAAUUAGUGAAAAAUGAGGUCAUAACUUGACCUAACAUGGCAAAUAAGUAUGCUGUAUUUCACUGUUAAGCAAGCAUUUGGAAUGUGAUUCAUCAAUAAAAAAUUAAUAGCUUAAAAAUUGGCAAGUUUAUUUUUAAAUCAUUUUAGAGAUUUAAUUGUGAUUCCUUAUAACAUUGAAAUCAGUAAACAAAAUCCAAAGCUACGACUUGUUUUUAUAUGCAAUACCCGAUACACGAAUAUGAUGUGCCUAUGACUUUAUUUUCAAAUUAUAUACAUUAAUAUUAAUAUUUGUAAAAUAUGUUUUGUAUGUAAUUUUUUUUAUUUAUGCAAAAUUAUAUUUAGUCAAAAACACAUAACAUCUGUGUUACUUUAAAUUAAAUGCAGGGAAUAAGGCUUAUUUUAAAACAUUUGUUAUAAAUUUCCAAAAUUUGCAAUAACUAUUCAAAAAUUUGUUUAAAUUUAAUGUGUUUGAAAUAGAAUUUUAAAAUCAGGGUUUGUCCGCUUCCUUAAUAUCCUUAAGUCCUUAAUUGGAUAAGAGCCCUUUAAAGUCCAUACAUUUCACUAAGAAUCAAUAAAGACUGAGUGCAUGUAAUGGAUAAAUUUGGGCAUUUUUCAACUUGGCAGCAAACAACUCUUGCGCGUGUGCAGUACAAGUGGUGAAUUUAAGGCCAUGGGAUUAGAAGUUACAUAGAAAUAAUGUUGUGAAUUAAUUUUGCAUCUCUUCCUUAAAUUAAAAUGUGUAUAUUUACUGCCUUAUAAAGUAAAUGUAAUUAGUGAUCUAUUAAAUAUUAGGGCUGGAAAUUUCAGAGAUUUUCAGAGAUAAUCCUGUUAGAAUUCAACUUACCAACAAAAAUUAUUUUUUGUGCAUGUACUAUUCAACAUUGUUGUUUUCUUGAGGGAUUUUGUGAUAUACAAAUAGUUUUCUACCUCUUGAUGGUGUUGAAGGCAGUGAAGUAAAUGAGUCCUUAAAAACUCCGUAAUUUUUGUUUGCACAAGAAGGUACGAACCAUGAAAAUGCAUGACCCCAUCAUAGUGAAUUGGCAAUGGCUUCUCAUUGAUUAGGGCGUAACUGUGGGACACCACCAGAUGUAACACAAGUGUUUUGUCAGCAGUGUGGGGGAGGAAAGGUCGUGUGUAAUCUUACAGCAGCUCAGAAGAUGCUCUUCUUCUGGACGAUGCACUGUGACGCCAGUGCACUUGCUGGCGGCAGGUGGGGUGACGUUGAAAGCUUGCCACUUCCACUUUCUUUUACAGCUCUUUGAUUCUUCUCGUUGCCCACAUUUGCCAAAUGAAUACCUAAUAAACUUGGGAAAAUGUGCAGAAUUGUGUAAUGUAGUUUGAGAAGAUUUUCCUGUGGCUAUGAAGUGACGUACAUUUUUUUGUAGCUUGAACGUACAGCAUGUAAUUUUUUUGACUUACUGAUUUUUAGUGAUUAUUUGUAAUAAAAAAAUAUAUAUUAUUUAUUCAGAAAUAAUUUUGUGUUUGUUUAUUUUUCAGUGAAAAAUUUGCGGUGAUGUCUGUUGCAUCCAUCUAUGCCUGUUUGAGCGGUAGGGUGUACCUUCACACACUUCAUCAUGUUGGUGAACUUUAG